AUGCAUCCCAUGCGUUGGAGACUUCAUGGAGGACUUGCUGGAAGGUAUGGUCGACACGCUGCUUUGCAUGGUAUCCUGCGGAGUUGGCUGUUCCUGUGGGCUGCUCGUGAUCGGCAUUGUGUGGCUGUUCAUGAGACCACUGAUCGGUGGCGGUUUGUUACUCAUCUGCCUGGUGCUCGGGAUCUGUGCGUAUGCGAUCGCACACCAACACAAGGCGGGGCCGGGUCACAACAAAAGAGUCCCAAUCACUCCUUUAUCGUCCUCUCAAGCCUUCAGUCAGUCUCAGUCAGUCUCAGUCAGUCUCAGUCAGUCUCAGUCACUCUCAGCCUCUCCUCUCUCUUUCUCUUCUCUUUGUAUCGCUUUCUUUCUCUUUCUGUCUCUAUCAUUCUCCUUCUUUGUAUUUCUUUCUGCUUUUUUUAUCCUUCUUUCUGUUUGUUCGCACAUACGUUCGGCUGCAACAUGCUGCUUCUCAGGCACAGAAAGACAUCCAAGAACACUCCGUCCAAUUGA